AUGGUUCCUCUGGGGGGGUCCGACCCCGCGGACACGCCGGCGAACGGCGGCUCCCGCAGGGCGGCUCCCCCGGGAAUCUGUUUCGAUGAUGGCCAGCGGCCAACGAUCCACAGACUCCGUCAGCGCCGGGGACCACGCAAGGGCCCCUGGGCUUCAGUCACCCCCCCAAACCGCGAAACACGGACCCUGGGGUGCGACGGCACAGGCUUCUUUCCGACUCCAACCGCACGCCCAGCACCGGGAAUCCUGCAACCUGGGUACUGUCAACCGCUCCCCGAAGGGGCAGCAACGUGGCACUCCCAGGCGGAGGAAACCGGCCUGCAGCGGCGGCGAGGCGGACACCUGGCCAUGGCGCCCCACGGCAGUUCGACCGCAGGGGGUGGUUGGCAGUCCCCGUUCCUGAGGUGUCGCCCGCGAUGCGGGACCGAAUCACCACCAGGCACAGAGAGACUGCCCAUCUGGCAGGGAAGAAGUGUGGGAGGGCGACCGUCAGGCCCGGCGUCACGAUGGCUCUCGAUCCCCAGGGGGACCCCUGCCCUCACCGUUCGACCGGUCCAUGACCAUCACCCUUCACAUAUAUCCACCGGACACCGUCGGGGUCAAAAGUAG